ACAUUUAUUUGAUCAUCAUAACGUCAGAUAAGGAUUGUCACCAUUGCUGGAUUAUCAACGUUUUCUUGGAUACAUUAUUGCAUCUACUGUUAUUUCAAGCUAAACAAAUAUUUUAAGGUCUACAGUUAAUUGUUGGGAGACUGGGAGGACAUUUCGUAAUGAUAUAAAACAGAAAGGAAGGAAGGAUCUUUUUUUAACCUCGGUCUGCUGCUGCCGUUUCCCUGCUGUUGGACGGAGCAUACUUUUUUUCCGAUGAAGAAUACGAAAACAUUUAAAAUUGACACAUUUAAUAGCCUUUUUGGUUGCGAGACCAUCAACUCUCUUGCGGUCCACCUUGGAUUACCCGACGAAAGAGCAAGCUUGAUUUUUUAGCCUCGCUUGUCUGCAGUCUGACGUUAUUUGCAAAGUGAAACAAGGAUGAAACAUUCCUGUUCACAGUUGCCUGUUGUAUGUGGUAGGCUACAUUGUGAGGGGAACGGUGGUGUUAAGAAAGAAAGCUAUUAAUAGCUCAUGCAAUUCUCGAAAACUAUCACAACUGGUGCAUCAGCUUGCCUUGUGGGGGCUGACGGAAUCGAAUUCAGAUGUCUUGCAUGCAAUUUGCAACAGACUGGUCUUCGACACCUAAACGGUCCAUUUAGUAGUGUGGAUAAUACACGCGUAAUAAACUACAGCGUUUUUCUAUAAGAAGUUUUCGGACUAACCACACAUUUUGAUGGAUUUUUGCGCUCAGGAAGAAAAUAAUAGCUCUACUUCGCAUGGAUUACACUAUUAUUUAAUCAUUAAAGUAUCAUCGGAAAGACUGGCAUGGACACGGAUGGACAUUUCUCUCCAUGGAUUAAGACACGGAUACAUUUUAGCCUAGCCUACAUGCUUUAUGCGUUUGAAAAUGAUCAGGUUUGGAUAGCCUGAGCUGGACAGUAACAAUGUUCUGAUCUGCGAACACACUUGGAUGUACAAAAACAAACCAUUCGUUUUGGCAGGCUAUACAAUCAAAGGGGGUUAUUUAUAUAUUUCGAAUCCUUUCUUUGAGUACACCCUCUGUUCAGCCGGGUUAUUUUUUUAUGACAGUUGACACAAUAUUUGGGCUACUUAAGGUUAGCCAUUGAUCUGUUAGACAAUUACCCGUGUUUUGGCGGUGGUGUGGCAUACUUGUAAGGGAACCGAUUUGCCACCACUGCUCGGUCUUGUUACCGAUCAAGGAUUUCGACAUGCCCAGUACUGACGACCCGAACGGCGGACGAUUAUGACUACGGCAGCGAAUUGGGUGGCUAACGGGGCAAGCCUUGAAGACUGCCACUCCAACCUCUUCUCUCUGGCAGAGCUGACGGGCAUCAAGUGGAGGUGCUACAGCUUCCGUGGCGGGGGCGAGUACGGGCCAGUGAUCUCGGCACCAGCCCAGGACGACCCGGUGCUGCGCAGCUUCAUGCGCUGCGUGCAGGCCAACCUCCUGUGUGUGUGGCGCCGCAAAGUCAAGCCUGACGCCAAGGAGCUGUGGAUCUUCUGGUGGGGCGACGAGCCCAACCUCUCUGACGUCAUCCAUCACGAGCUGGAAGAUAAAGAUGAGGAGAUCUCUCUCUGA